GAACCGCGCCGCCAGCCGGCCAGCGGCCGCCAUGUCCGUUUCGCUACUCCUCUGCUCCAACCUCCACUACCCUCAGCGGCCUCCGCCGCCUCCUCUUCUCCGCGGUAUCCAAUGGGGCCCGAAGCCACUCUGCGCCUCCCUCCCGCCUGCGGCGCGCCUCGUUCGCCUCGCCGCCGCUGCCCCCGGUGAUAGUGGCGAGAUGCGACUCGUUGAGAAGCGGGGCGUGCGUGUAGCCGCGGCGGCUAGUGAUUCAGGGGGAGGAGGUGAUUGUGGUGGUGGGUCUGGAACGAAUAUCACCGCGGCUGCGGCGGCCACGGUGGUGCUCGCGGUGAUGAACCGGGUGCUGUACAAGCUGGCUCUCGUGCCCAUGAAAAAUUACCCCUUCUUCCUUGCGCAAGUCCUCACCUUUGGGUACGUUAUUGUGUAUUUCUCUAUUCUUUUCAUAAGAUAUCACGCUGGUAUUGUCAGUAAAGAAAUGCUAGCGCUUCCUAAAUCGCGCUUCAUAUUAAUUGGCUUAUUAGAAGCACUAGGCAUUGCUUCAGGCAUGGCUGCGGGAGCAAUGUUGCCUGGGCCAUCUAUUCCAGUGUUGUCUCAGUCUUUUUUGGUAUGGCAGCUUAUUUUAUCUGUUGUCAUUUUGGGAAGGAAAUAUAGAGCAAACCAAAUUUUUGGAUGCUUGCUUGUCACAACUGGAGUAAUUCUAUCAGUAGUGAGUGGAGCAAAUGGUGGUCCAUUUCUAUCCGAUGUCAAGCUUUUUUGGCCAGCGGUUUUGAUGGCUUCAUCUGCAUGUCACGCUGGUGCAUCCGUAAUCAAGGAAUUUGUUUUCAUUGAUGGUGCAAAACGCCUUGAGGGAAAGCGGCCUGACAUAUUUGUGGUCAACUCUUUUGGGUCAGGAUUCCAGGCUCUUUUUGUCUUCCUACUCCUUCCAUUUCUCUCUAACUUGAAAGGCAUCCCUUUGGCUGAGCUCCCUGCAUACGUAAACCAUGGUGCUGCAUGCUUUCUGAACAUUGGGGGUAAUCUGAAUGAUUGCCAUGGAGCCCCUUUGCUACCACUGCUCUUUAUAACUUUGAACAUGGCCUUCAACAUUUCUGUGCUAAAUCUGGUGAAGAUGUCUACUGCACUGGUUGCUUCGCUAACAGCAACUUUAGCAGUACCUCUUUCCAUAUAUGUCCUGUCGCUUCCUCUGCCAUACAUGCCUGGAGGGACGAGUUUAAGCACGUCUUUUUUGGUCGGUGCUGCUGUCUUAGUGCUUGGGUUACUCCUAUACAACCUUCCUCAAAAUUCAUCUCAUGGACAGAAGACGGACUGAACUAAACCAAAAUCACAUACAAGGAUGGCACAAAGCUUUUGAUGGAAGAUCCUACAUUUUCAAUAGCGGUCAGUCAGCAGAACAAACCUGUACAGAACUUCUGAAGAGAGCGGCGCUCCGGAAGCAUUUUUUUUCUGCCUGAGAGAAUUCUUUCAGUCAGUCAGGGUAUAGUUGUAACUUGUAAGCUUAACGAACUCCUAAUGUGAAAACCUUCAGCCUUUCUGUGUCAGAAAGGCUUGGAAAUAUCACCAAAGGUUCAGAACUUCAGCCUAUCUACAAGGAAGUGUCGGAAAGGCUUGUAAAUACAUUAGCAAAGGGUUCAGAACUUCAAUGAUCUCUUGUGAUUGAGAGGCCA